UAGAAUUUUAUUUUUUCCAACUCAGUUUACGAAUGACAUGAACACAGACCAGAUGAAGGACUCAAAUGUAAAUAAGAAGAACAGAUAGGCGACAUCAAAGGUAUGAGGAAAUAUACUUUGAUUAUUGUGAAUCAUAAAAAAGAAGUUGAGUUGUGAUUUCAAGGACAAAAUGGCUAAUUUAAGGUUAAGACAUAUAUUAGUGGAAAUUUGCAGUGACCUUGGUAGUGAUGACCUUGAGAAAUUAAAAUUUCUGCUUAGAGAUGUGACUGGAUCGGCAAAAUUAGAAAAGGCAACCAUGGCAAUAGACAUAUUUAGUGCCAUUGAAAAUAAUAAACAUGUUGCGUUACAUGAUGGUAGUUAUUUAGCAGAGUGUUUUUUAUUAAUUGGACGGAAAGAUUUAGUGAGAAAGUUAGAGUUAGAUCCCAGACGUGUAGAGGUUGGCAUGGAAACAGAUCCCAGACUUUUACCAUUAAGAAUUUUACUUUACAAGAUAUCAGAAGAUUUAUCGGACAAAGAAUUUGAACAGUUGAAAUAUCAUUCUAGUAAAGCAUUAGGAAUUAAGAGAGGACAACUGCAGAAAGUAAAACAUGUGUUUGACCUGUUUGUUCUAUUAGAAAAAAACUUAUUAAUAUCUCCAACUAGUAUAAAUGUACUCAAAGACAUGUUGAAAGCACUACAUCGUGGAGAUUUAUUGGAGCUUGUUGUUGAAUAUCAAGCUAAGCAUCCAUAUUUAAUAGACGGUGAGAGUAAUGCUGACAGUACAGAUAGAAAUGGUGCUACACAGCCACUAGAAUCAGGACCACCUGUAGUUGACCAGAACCCAUCAUUACCCAUCAGUCAUCCAGACAUUGCAAAUGGUACACCACAGAAUCCCACAGCCUCUCCUGUACUUGUAUAUGAAAUGAAUGCCUUUCCUAGAGGUUUAUGUAUUAUUAUCAACAAUAACAAAUUCUAUUCUGAGUCUGGCUUUGGAUCUCGAGGUGGAAGUGAUGAAGAUGCCAGGAUGCUUGAUGAAACUUUCUGGAAGCUCGGAUUCAUUGUGAAAGUAUACAAAGACUUAACAGCAAAAGAUAUGAAUGCAGUAAUGCAUGGUUUGUCUAAACUUAAUCAUUCAAAGUAUAAUGCUGUUGUUGUAUGUAUAUUGUCACAUGGUGGAGAGCAUGUAGUUUAUGGAGUGGACGGCAAUGAAAUUACUAUUCGAUACUUAACUUCAUACUUUAGAUCCUCAAGGUGCAAGAGCUUAGCAGAUAAACCAAAGCUGUUCUUUAUACAGGCAUGUCAGGGAAAUGAAAGGCAAACAGGAAUAAAUCAAACAGAUUUAUCAAUACAGGCUGAUGGUCCAUCAGAUCUAGAAGAAGGUCAAAGCUUUCCUGAGACAGAUGCUGAGGUUACGUCAAAUAACUCCAAAAUUAUACCAGAUGAAUCAGACUUUCUGAUUGGCUAUGCCACUGUUACUGGUUAUACAUCCUUUAGAAGUCGAACAAGAGGGUCUUUUUACAUAAGGAAACUGACAGACAAUCUGAACGAAUAUGCCAAUAGCCAGGAUUUGAUAUCCAUACUAACCAGGGUGAAUCAUGAUGUAUCAACAGAAAAUAUCCCAGCUGGAAACAACUGUGAAAUAAGCAAACAAGUUCCUAUGCCACAAUUUACUCUUAGAAAACAAUUAUUCUUCAGACCCGAAAAUUUACCGCAAGAUAGGACUAUGCCACAAUCAGCUGAUGUGUCUAGGAUUAUAUCUCAAUCAAUUGAAGCUGUAAGGACUAUUGCACAACCAACUGAUGCUUCAAGUCAGUCAAGUGAAGUAACUAAUCGGAGUGAUAAUCUGAGGCCUAUCACACAACCUAGUGAUGCUAACUAACAUGUGAUACCAAAUUAAUUAUCUUCUAUGAAUUUCGAAAUGUGUGAGUGCAUUUAUUAUAAUUAUGACUGUUAAACAUUGGUCAAAAAAAUGAGAAUAGUUAUUGUGAUAUCAAGUAAAGCUUAAUACAAUUAAUAAUAUCAAAAUUUAAAAUGCAAGUUUUUAUUUCCCCAAAACCUUUUCAGUUGCAAAUUUGCAAAAAUACAUACAUCACAAAAAAUUUUAAUUUACAGUAUCACUUCGUAUUCCCUGUUACAGGAAAUAAGACAGGAUUCUUAAAAUCUUAACCAUCACAAAAGAUGUUCUGUGAGAAGUGGUAAAACUGAAAUCAUAUUUUUGUAUGGUUAAAAAAAAAACCACUAGAACAUGCAGAAUAUUACAGACCGGUGUUAAAUAUUGGCCUGGAUUGUUGUAAGGCUACUUUACAAACAAGUGUUCUGAAGGAGGACAUGUAACUGUAAACCAACCUAUUUUCCUGCAUACUUUAUUUUGUGUUAAUUUCUGUCACGCCAGUUUCCAGGCAAUUUAUUUUCAUGAUAUAUUUAUAGGAGGGAAGAUCCAAGUUUCACAUAUUCCUGAUGAUUUUAAUUCACAGUACUUUAUAAAGACACAUUCUGAUUCACAUUUCACCAGGCUUUACUCUUACUCAUAAAUGCCAUAUGCAUGACAAGAGAAGCAACAAAGAUUACAAUUUAAAAGUGUUUGGUUUGGUUAAUCAGCAUUAGCAUCUUUUUUAACAUGUUUAAAGAUGUACUUAAGUGAAAUUAAAAAAAUCUAGA